AAGCCAUGAAACCCUCUUUGUUCCAAUAAUUAAACUAGUUUUUUUUUCCACUUACAGCCAGACUGGCCGACUGGCCCGGCAGACUCCGCGCCAACUUUCGAAUCGCUGCGGACGUGUGGAGUGGCUCGUUGGAGUUGGAACUGCCCCCAUUUUUAAAGGCUCGAAAGAAGCCGGCCCCUUAAAAACCAGAGUGUAGAACAGCUCCGGUCAAAGGCAUCACCGUACUUAAGCUAGUGCGAUUCGGCGACAUGCAAGCGAUGCAAGCCCCCGCGGCAGUGCCCGUGGAAGUCCGAGACAGCUUCACGAGUGACCCGUUCUUCUUGGCCGCUCGGGAGGCCCUCGAGAGGUGCCUGGUGGAGCUAACGCAGAAACACCGCCAAGAGCAGAACGUUGGAUUUGCAGCGGCAGCCCACUGUUGUUGCUGCUGUUGCGGCCCGCAGGCAGGGACUGGGCUGGGGAACUGGCCACUGACUGCAUUCAUUCCCUGUCUGCUUUGCUGCCCGAAUCCCCAGGUUCGACCGGCACCCCAGAUGGCAACCCUAACAGAGCAAAUCAGCCCUGCCUGCCUCUUGGCAGGCCAACUGUCAUUUACCCCAAACAACUUUGAGCUGCUCCUGAACGUCCAAGGUUUUCAACCACAUGAGAUUCAAGUCAGGGUGAAAGACGAUCAUGUCGAAGUGUGUGCAGAACAAUCAGCGCUUUCCCAGCAACACACAUUUCAGUCUACGUCAAAAAGGUACCUGCUUCCCUGCCCUGUAAAUGCAGAUUUGGUCCAGUGCAGCCUUUCCAAAGAUGGGAUCUUACUGCUUACCGCACCAUGGAAAUAAACAUGUGAAGGGAACAAAGUGUACAAUAAAUUCCAAGAC